CUGCAGGAGCCUUUCACAGCUCCGAAGAGAAGCAAGGAAAAAGGGGUACAAAGCUGUCGGAUAAAAUAUAAAGCUUUAACACGUCCAGACUUGUCGAUACCAUCCACUGGACCGAGAUCGCUAUUAGAACCUGCGGGAUUGAACACAACCAACACAGAGUAAAGGUGGUAGGAGUGUUUCCCUUAAGAAGCCAAUGUGGAUCCCUGCGGCCGGCCCCGGCAUUCUCUCAUGGUGAUGAAGUGACAGCAUGCUGCAGUAAAGGGAGGCUGGCGCUGGCCCAUGUGCACACUUGGAGCUCUGCUGCGCAAGUGACUACCUGCAGCUUUUAAAAUUUGUAUAGUUCUAUAUUUUUUAUUUAUUUAUUUAUUUUUUUAAAUACUAUUCUCGAGAGGGGGAGCUCAGGCUCAGACUCUGCCAUUUUUGGCUGGCUGGCUAACUGGCUGGCAGGGACUGGGAGCUGGGAGGGUGAAGGACUUGCCUUGAAUCAUGGAUCACCCGAUCAGAGACAAGGAGACGGAGCGAGGGCAGAGAGCCAGCAAGGUGCUGCAGGGACGCAGCGGGCAUCGGCCUUCCUGCUCCACCACUUCCUCUGGGGUCCUCAUGGUGGGGCCCAACUUUAGAGUGGGCAAGAAGAUCGGCUGCGGCAACUUUGGAGAACUCCGAUUGGGUAAAAAUCUGUACACAAACGAAUACGUAGCCAUCAAAUUGGAACCAAUCAAGUCCCGAGCUCCACAGCUCCAUCUAGAAUACCGCUUCUACAAGCAGCUGGGCAGCACAGCAGAGGGAUUGCCCCAGGUGUUUUACUUUGGCCCCUGUGGAAAGUACAAUGCCAUGGUCCUGGAGCUACUGGGUCCCAGCCUAGAAGACCUGUUUGACCUCUGCGACAGGACUUUCUCACUCAAGACUGUGUUAAUGAUAGCCAUACAACUGAUCUCGCGGAUGGAGUACGUGCACUCAAAGAACUUGAUAUACAGGGACGUGAAGCCUGAGAAUUUCCUCAUUGGACGGCAGGGCAACAAGAAGGAACACAUUAUUCACAUAAUAGACUUUGGACUGGCCAAGGAGUACAUAGACCCUGAAACCAAAAAACACAUCCCCUACCGGGAACACAAGAGCUUGACCGGGACUGCUAGAUACAUGUCCAUCAACACACAUCUAGGGAAAGAACAAAGUCGGCGGGAUGACCUGGAAGCAUUAGGCCAUAUGUUUAUGUAUUUUCUCCGGGGCAGUCUUCCUUGGCAGGGGCUAAAGGCAGACACCCUGAAGGAACGCUAUCAGAAGAUCGGAGACACAAAACGAAACACUCCCAUAGAGGUUCUCUGUGAGAACUUCCCAGAAGAGAUGUCAACGUACCUGCGCUAUGUGAGACGGUUAGAUUUCUUUGAAAAGCCAGACUAUGAAUAUUUACGGACGUUGUUUACUGAGCUGUUUGAGAGGAAAGGCUACACUUUUGAUUACACUUACGACUGGGUCGGACGGCAGAUUCCCACGCCGGUAGGGUCGGUUCACGUGGAUUCGGGAACAUCAGCGAUCACACGUGAGAGUCACGCCCACAGAGACCGGCCUUCCCAACAGCCGCUCCGCAACCAGACGGCUUCUUCAGACCGCAGAGGAGCCUGGGAAGUGCAGCCCAAUCGGCAGACAAAUACCUCUUACCUAACGUCCCACCUGGCCGCGGACAGGCACGGGGGAUCAGUACAGGUUGUCAGUUCGACCAAUGGAGAGCUGAAUGCAGACGACCCCUUGGCUGCCCACUCCAGCGCACCAAUCACAGCCCAGGCGGAGGUGGAGGUGGUGGACGAGGCUAAGUGCUGCUGUUUCUUCAAGCGGAAAAGGAAGAAGAACACGCCGAGACACAAAUGACGCCGUUUUUAAGAGAAAUCUAAAUAAAAAGUAAAAGGAAAAAAAUCCAACCUCUUUCUCCAGGGACCUGUGUGUGCGAGCGGCGUGUACGCUCCAAUCUGCUCGUCUCCAAAGGAAAUGAAAUUGUCUGGUUUCUUUUUUUUUUUUUUAAAUGGAUCUCUUAUUGCUUCAAGCCUGAGCCUUCUGCUGGGAUAGAGGAUCUACAAACCACUCAGGCAGGAUUGCACUUCUUACCGUGUCUUAUUAUUGAUUUAUUAUUUUUAUUUGAAUGUCUUUUUUCCAGCAGUUCAGUUUACAAGGGGCCUCUGAAAUGACUUUCCAGCUUUCCUGGCUGGUACUCCUACUGUGUCACUGAAAGAAACUGGGGAUAUAGAAAGACAAUGACUUACCUUAAAGGGGAGGUGUGCCCUCCUACAUCCCUCCCCCUGUUCUCCUCGGUCUACCCAGGACCUCACUGUAAACAAGACUUUGCAUCUCGGGGGGGUGGGGGGGGCAUGUCCUGGCUUAAAUUAAAGAGAGUAAACUAAAACUGACAGUCAAGAAACACAUUUUUUUUCAUACAUUUAUAUAGUUAUGUAGCGUAUAUACUGUGAGAACCAUUUGUGAUCUACUGUUUCAUUUUUCGCCCCAAAGGAUUUCUGUUUAUUUCAGAAUGCCUAUUGUUUAGGUGGAUUCUUUAAUGCACAUAGAAAGCUGACCCGCUACACUGCAUGAGGAUUAAAGUCAUGCUUUUUAUCAGGACCUGUUCGCACUGAAUGGGGGGGUGGGGGUGACCUGGAAUGUGUGCGAAUGGAGAACAUGCAAGCUGACGUAGACAGAUGGACAGAAAAACUGGCGAGAUGGUACAGCAGCUCAAAUCGCAUCUGCCCUACAAUACACAAGUUGUGAUGAUUUUUUUGGUUUGUUUUUUUAAGGUCGUAGUGGCUUUGCAAGAAAACUGCAUCACCUUUGUCAUUUUCUAGCCGUUCGUGUAUUACGAUUGUGAAAGCCUUGGUGUGGAUCUAGCAGUCGGGUUGCUGAGGGGAUGAAGGCACAUACACUGACAUACCCUGCCCCGGCAGCAGUUUGCAUUUCUGUCAAAAGUCUUUCAGCAUUAUUCUCUUUCAGAAAUAAAAAAAGAUUACCUGACAGGGUUUAAAACUAACCAAAAUCUUCUUCCCCCAGUUCAAACGUGCCUGAAUUACCCAGUAACUGAACAAGAACAAAAACAUUUAGGAAGUAAUUGCUGUGGAAUUGAACAUCCCUGAUUUCAGUUGCGCCAUUUCCUUCACCAAGAAAGAACAGGUUUUGUGGGCAAUCAGUGGUGCUUUUGACAACUGAACCCUCUGAGAAACUUGACAUAUUGUUUUAAAAUCUUAUUGGCUUAAUAGCAGUAACUCCGAUAUGGACCCUGGUUAGUGGCCUAUUACAUUGCUUAUUUAAUAGGUCUUUCAUUUACUGUUAACCACAGGCGCACAGUUUGAUCCUAAACCUAAUUCUCAGCAUGUAGCAGUACAUUUUUAGAAUUAAGUACAUAACACAUCCUGGUUGUUUUAUUCAGAUAGUGGUCACAACAGGAAUAGUACUAAAUGAGAUCAUUUGUGUGAUAACAAAGAAAGAAAGGAGAUAGAAAGAAUGUGAGUAAAAAAAGACUUUGUUUAUUGUGAAGUCAGCUGUUCAUAUGGGUGCCCACUGCCAACUCUGGCACAGUGAUGGUUCAAUCUACAAGUUGAGGUCAGUUAGGACUGCAGUCCCAUUGCACUGCACUGUUUUCCUUUGCAUAGAAGACAGCAUCUAAUACUUAAUCAAUAGUGAUUUCUGUAUAUGCAUGCAAAUAAAAUGUGGGGCCAGCUAGUAGUACACAAGGCGUGGGUUUAGAAGAAAUGUAAAAAAUGAAGGGCAGUUUAAGGUGUAUGCCUUUUUAUUUUUAAGCUAAUUGAGUAAUGUUGCCAGUACCAUACAAAUUGAUAAGCUUUUCAUGCAUGUAACCAGGUUUCUACAUACGUACCUGUAAAGGCAGAUUCUGGCAGAUACAGUGCUGCCUGAUGCGUUUAUUUUUUUUUUAUUUUACUUCAGUUUGACACCCAGACAUGGUUUAAGUGAGCCCUAGUCUAUAGCGAGUGGAAACCAAAAGUAGUUACUUUGUCUGUUGGAUAUUUGAGCUUAGCACCUAGCACUGGGUUCAAACCAGUGCUGCUUUCUGUGCCAUAGACGCUCAGGGCAAUGUCCUGUCUGUCAGAGAGAGAUGUCAUUAGUGCGAAAGCCAGAGGAGUUGUCGGGCAUGUGUUUUUGUGCCUGCUUUUCCUCGGUAUGUGCUUCAUUGUGUUAGUUAAACCUACUUUAAAAAACAUUGUCUGUUGUCGGCUAAUCUGGGCCUGUGCCCCUCUGUGACCUGCAAUGUUGCCCUGAUUUUUGCUUUACCGUUAAGAUAAUGUGACAUUUAAUUCCCCACCAUAAUUCCUCGACAUGGUGGCGUGGUGGUUAGCGCUGCUUCCUCACAGCUCCUGGGUUCAAUUCUGGCCUGGGGCUCUGUCUGUGUAGAGUUUGCAUGUUCUCCCUGUGUUCAUGUGGGUUUUCUCUGGUUUCCUCCAGCUGUUCAGGUUGAUUGGUCACU